CCCUUUUACAAGUCAAAGAACUGUAUCUAUUAUUUAGAGAGGCAUUUUGGUGGAAUUAGUGUGAGUGUUUAAGGAUUUUCAUAAGAUGUUUUGACACAAUGGCAUGAACAUAGCUCAAAUGGAGCGGGCGGGGCGUCGCGCGAAAGCGGGCUCGCUUAGCGGCCUCGCGGGCGGCUUGCCGAGUGGCGCGCCAAGCGUGCGGCGCCAGCGCUCGCUCGAGUGGGGCGGAGAUCGCUACAGUAGUAGCGAUGAUGACCGUCCUUCGCAACCUCCACCUCUCGCUGAUAGAGUUUUCGCUUCCUUGCUUGCCCAAGCCACGCAGCAAUUUGAUGAUGAACAGCGGCGGAUAUACGGAUCGGAGAGUGGAGAGGAGGUCCCUCGCUACAUCAGCAGCCCUCAUCGCCAAGGCUCGCCGUUUCCUUUGGAGAGUACCAAUAGGAGAUUUCAUAAGAGGAAUAGAAACUCCAAAGGUGAAGAAAUAUUCAGCGAGUCAGGUGGUACUUUGUCGCGGCGCACCAGACGCGCAGACGACUUUACUCACGAGAACAACGCUCGUAAUGCGCGCCUCUGCCUUAACAAUGGUACCCCAGGAAACGGGGGCCAAGUAUGUGAACGCGAGUGCGACUCCCCACCGGAACCUGCGCCGCCCGAAGUGCCACCGCGGGGACCCUCACUGCAUGUCACUCUGCGCCAUCGCCAGGUACCAUGCGACCAGAAUGCUGAGAACGACCGCCUCUAUUUGUCUGAAGGUGAGUAUGUAACUUAACUUUAUAGGCUACCUCUAAGC